AUGGGUUCUAAUGGGAACAAAAAAGAAUUUUUGGGCAGCAUUCAGUCUCCAAGAAGGCUUAGAACUGAUACUGCAGAGGCAGUCUUUGGCGAUUUUUGGGAAGCACCAAAAGAUUCAAACUUCCACUCUAGAAGAGUGAAAAAAAAUAGGCAAACUUAUGGGCACGAAUUGGAUGAGAAUUUAGGCCAAAAGACGAUAUCUGAUUCUUCAAUUGCAGAGUUCAAUAUUACAAACUUGGACACUCAAGAAAGAUUGGUAUUUUAUGAAUCACAAGGAGCAGAGCCGUAUCUUAGCAAGUACCCAACCAUAACUUCUCUGCUUACAGAAAUGAAGCCCACAAAGUGGAUGAUCAUUUUGAAUAAAGCUCAAUCUUCAUGCAUCCAUAAUUCUAUAGAUGAAAAAAAAAAACAGAAAGAUUCUAAGAAAAACUUUUCAAGUCUAACUAAUAAAGACUUACCAUUCAACAAAAUGCAAUUUAUAUGGAGCUCAGAUUUGGAUGAGCAUAAAAGGGUUAAGUUAAACAAAAACAGUCCAAGUUCACAAUCAUUAUUGUCCGACCCAAAUGAUCUUUCGCCAAUAAUAAUUAAUUUUCCCCACCCAAUUCAACUUCAAAACGUUUCUAUUCCUUACGAGGUAUUGGAUCCAAGGUCUGUUCCUUGUGGCUCAUUUGUUUGGUGGGACAGAAGAGUAUGGGAAUACAAUUUUGUUCAUAUGGCUAGAAGAUUGUCUACUAACGACGAAAAAAGUUGUAAAAAAUUGAAUAUAGAAAACCCAAUAACUCCAAAAAAACAAGGAAGGACUUCAAGUGAAGAAAAUGGACAAAGUCCUCAACGUUCAAAACCAAGAGUAGAGGAUGGCCCCAAAACAAAUCAAAAAUCAAAGUCUCCUAGGAAUAAGAUUAAGCAAUGA